AUGACAGUGAUCUGUGACAACACCGCCAAUGUGAAGGAUGUGUUCUUCACAUGGACCAGAGCUUGCUUCCAGCAGACAUACCAUGAGGCUCCGGGUCGGAAGCGGUGUCCCCGGUCUCCCGCGCACUGUCGGUCUCUCCAUCUCCCGGAGCCUCGGAACCUCCUGUCCCCUGGGCGGCACCACCACGGCUUCUCGCGCAUCCGCCCAUUGGCCGCAGCAGCUUCCUGGACGCCUAGUAGCGGGGCCAAAUCUGGUCUCUCGGCGCGGGAACAGACAGGUAAGGGUUAUGAAUGUAAGGAAUGUGGGAAAGAAUUUAGCCUGUUCUCAACGCUCUCUACACAUAGACAAAUUCACAGUGGAGAGAGGCCCUAUGAAUGUAAGGAAUGUGGAAAAGCCUUUACUCGGCUCUCAAACCUCUAUAGACAUAAAAUAAUUCACAGUGGAGGGAGGCCUUAUGAAUGUAAGGAAUGUGGGAAAGCAUUUAGUCAGCUCUCAAACCUCUCUAUACAUAAAGGAAUUCACAGUGGAGAGAGGCCAUAUGAAUGUAAGGAAUGUGGGAAAGCAUUUACUCAUCCCUCCAACCUCUAUAGACAUAAAAGAAUUCACAGUGGAGGGACUCCCUAUGAGUGUAAGGAAUGUGGAAAAGCAUUUAGUCAGCCCUCAGCCCUCUCUAUACAUAAAAGAAUGCACAGUGGAGAAAGGUCCUACGAAUGUAAGGAAUGUGGGGAAGCCUUUACACAGGCCUCAUACCUCACUGUACAUAUGCAAACUCACAGUGGAGAGAAGCCUUAUGAAUGUAAGGUAUGUGGGAGAGGCUUUUCAAAGGCCUUGUGCCUCACAUCACAUAUGGGAACUCAUAGUGGUGAGAGGCCUUAUGAAUGUAAGGAAUGUGGGAAAGCAUUUAGUCGGUCCUCAACCCUCACUACGCAUAGACGAAUUCACACUGGAGAGAAGCCCUAUGAAUGUAAAGAAUGUGGGAAAGCAUUUAGUCAGCUGGCACACCUUUCUAAACAUAAAAGGAUUCACAGUGGAGAGAGGCCCUAUGAAUGUAAGGAAUGUGGGAAGGCAUUUAGUCGGUCCUCAACCCUCUUUAGACAUAAAAGAAUUCACAGUGGAGAGAGGCCCUAUGAAUGCAAGGAAUGUGGGAAAGCCUUUCGGGAGUCCUCACACCUAACUCAACAUACAAGAACUCAUACUGGAGAGAGACCUUAUAAAUGUAUGAAAUGUGAAAAAUCCUUUUCCCGUUCAUCCUACCUUACUGAACAUAUAAAAACUCACAGUGGGCAGAGGCUUUAUAAAUGUAAUGAAUGUGGGAAAGCCUUUAGUCAUACCUCAGUCCUCUCCAAACAUAGAAUCACUCACAAGAGAGAGAAGCCUUAUGAAUGUAAGGAAUGUGGGAAAGGCUUCAAACGUUCCACGUAUCUUACUAACCACAUGAGAACUCACACUGGAGAGAGGCCCUAUGAAUGCAAGGAAUGUGGGAAAGGCUUUACACAGGCCUGGAAGCUCACCUCACAUAUGGGCUUUCACAGUGGAGAAAGGCCUUUUGUGUGUAAGAUAUGUGGGAAAGGCUUUCGAGAUUCCUCACACCUAACUCGACAUAUAAGAACUCAUACUGGAGAGAGACCUUAUAAAUGUAUGAAAUGUGAAAAAGCCUUUGCUCGUUCAUCCUACCUUACUGAACAUAUAAAAACUCACAGUGGGCAGAGACCUUAUAAAUGUAAGGAAUGUGGGAAAGCCUUUAGUCAUUCCUCUGUCCUCUCAAAACAUAGAAUCACUCACAAGAGAGAGAAGCCUUAUAAAUGUAAGGAAUGUGGGAAAGGCUUUAAACAUUCCACAUAUCUUACUAACCAUAUGAGAACUCACACUGGAGAGCGGCCCUAUGAAUGUAAAGAAUGUGGAAAGGCAUUUAGUCGGCUCUCAGUCCUCUCUAUACAUAAAAGAAUUCAUAGUGGAGAGAGGCCCUAUGAAUGUAAGGAAUGUGGGAAAUCAUUUAACCAACCCUCCAACCUGUAUACACAUCAAAGAAUUCACUGUGGAGGGCGGGAGGCCCUAUGA